UUGAAAUUGUACAGUGUUGGUGCACCAUGGGAGAGGAUAGCCAUUGACGUUGCAGGGCCGUUUCCGGAGAGUGAAAGUGGUAACAAGUAUUUUAUGGUUGUGAUAGAUUACAUCACUAAGUGGCCAGAAGUCUUUGCCAUUCCAAAUCAAGAAGCUUCAACAGUUGCAGGUAAACUAGUUCAUGAAGUCUUCUGUCGUUUUGGCGUACCAUUAGAGAUUUACAGCAAUCAAGGAAGGAAUUUUGAGUCUGAAAUAUUCCAGGAAACUUGCCGAAUUAUGGGUACUCAUAAAACAAGAACAACUUCUUACCACCCACAAUCUGAUGGAAUGGUAGAACGAUUUAAUCAGACAUUGGAGAGGUACCUAGCAAAAGUUGUGGAAAAACGGCAACCAGACUGGGACAUGCACACACAACCGUUUUUGUUGUCCUAUCGAAGCGCUGUUCACGAAAAUACAUCAGUGACACCAGCUUUCGCAAACUUUGGGAGAGAAAUACGGCUGCCUGCAGACCUGAUCACCGGUAUACCACCUGAUGCCCCACGCAGUAUAACCGAUUAUGCAAAUGACUUGCGGAACAAAAUGAAGACAUUUAUGAGCACGUCAGACAGACGGGCCAGCAAACGUCUGAGAAGAGGAAAACACGAGCUGGUGGCGGGUGCGGGCGCGGGCGCGGAGGGCGGGCGCGCUCGCGGCGCGCUGGAGCUGGCCAGCGGCAUGGCGGCGCUGGCGCUGCAGCAGCUGCCGCACGUCGAGAACCACGCCGCGCUCUGCCAGCUGCAGCGCGACCUCGCCGGCUACGACAAGCUGCUGGUUGCAGAGCGAGAGUUCAUUCGCCUCGGCUGUCUGUACAAGCACUCGUCAAAGGGCUUGCAGCAACGAAUGCUAUUCUUGUUCAGCGACAUGUUGCUGAUAGCGUCGAAGAGUUCGGGCCCUCAGUUCCGCGCACAGAUGGUUCUGCCCCUGCACUCGUUGCAGCUAAUGCCGUCGGACCUGCCCAACUCCUUCACGCUCACAAGCGAGGACACGUGCGUGCUGCUGAGCGGCAGCAACGAGCACGAGUACGCGGGCUGGUUCGACGCGCUGGCCGCCGCCAUCGACGCCGCGCGCCUCCGCCCCGUGCACGUCGACACGCAACUCACGGACCCCAACGACAACAACGACCACGCAUCCGCCCCACAUACGUUGACACGCAAAUCACGCACACCACGUAACUCACGCACAACACGCAACACAUGCACACUACGCAACUCAUGUACACCACGCAACUCACGCACACCAGUCAACUCAUGCACACCACGCAACUCACAUACACCACGCAACUUAUUCACACUACGCAACUCACGCAGACCAGUCAACUCAUGCACACCACGCAACUUAUUCACACUACGCAAUUCACGCAGACCAGUCAACUCAUGCACACCACGCAAUUCACGCACACCACGCAAAUCACGUACACCACGCAACUCACGCACACCACGCAACUCAUGCACACCGCGCAACUUAUUCACACUAUGCAACUCACGCAGACCAGUCAACUCAUGCACACCACGCAACUCACGCACACCACACAACACAUACACACUACGUAACUCACGCACACCACGUAACUCACUCACACCACGCAACUUAUUCACACUACGCAACUCACGCAGACCAGUCAACUCAUGCACACCACGCAAUUCACGCACACCACGCAAAUCACGUACACCACGCAACUCACGCACACCACGCAACUCACGCACACCACGCAACUCACGCACACCGCGCAACUCACGCACAUCGCGCAACUUAUUUACACUACGCAACUCACGCAGACCAGGCAACUCAUGCACACCACGCAACUCACGCACACCACACAACACAUACACACUACGCAACUCACGCAACUCACGCACACCACGUAACUCACUCACACCACGCAACUUAUUCACACUACGCAACUCACGCAGACCAGUCACUCAUGCACACCACGCAAUUCACGCACAUCACGCAAAUCACGUACACCACGCAACUGACGCACACCACGCAACUCACGCACACCGCGCAACUUAUUCACACUACGCAACUCACGCAGACCAGUCAACUCAUGCACACCACACAACACAUGCACACUACGCAACUCACGCACACCACACAACUCACGCACACCACGCAACUCACGCACACCACGAAAUGAUAUCAGGUUCGGAGUGGUGUACUGGAGCGAGUGCGGGCGGCACUAACGCAAGUGUGGCUGCGGGCGGGCCGGCCGCCGGUGCGGGCAGCGCGCUCACGCUCGUGUGCUGGCACCGCGUCGCCUCGCUCACACGCACGCACCUCAACCUCGCCAUCAGGACACAACUGUCGGGUUAUCUGCUGCGCAAAUUCAAGAAUUCUCAUGGUUGGCAGAAACUAUGGGUGGUGUUUGCGGUCUUCACUCUUUUUUUCUAUAAGAGCUGGCAGGAUGAAACACCACUAGCCUCCCUGCCAUUAUUAGGGUACAACGUGGGUUCGCCCGCGCCGAACGACGGCAUCGACAAAGAGUUCGUGUUUAAGCUGCAGUACAAAAACCACGUGUACUUCUUUAGGGCCGAUAGCCAUUUCACCUAUAGCAGAUGGAUAGAAGUACUGCAGACUCCAAUGCUGCAUUAA